UUUAUCAAAGAUAAAAUAAUAGAAAAAAAAUACAGUUUGUGCCUAGUUGUGUGAUUUACGGUGUACAGGCACACGCGAUAAUUAAAUACUUCUCUUGAUUGAUAAAUUAAGUAGUGAUAUACACAAUUAAACAUGCCAGCGGGUCAACAAGAUCAAACCGGUGAGGCGGUGCCGUUGAAAACAUUCAAACGCCAAAAGUCGCGUGGAAGUGAUUUAGUGACCACAACUUAUGAGUUUCCAUAUAUGAAGAAGCCAGAACAGAAGAGUUUUGGACAGCUAUUAUAUGAUCGAGAGCAGGGGAAGGUCUUUGGACGGACGCCUAAAAAUUGGGGCCAACUCAUCUUCUUUUACUCAAUUUUCUACGCUUGCCUCUGUGCCUUAUUUGCCAUUUGUAUGAAAGGACUUUUAUCCACAAUGGAUUUAACUUCACCAAAAUGGAAGCUUGGCGAGUCACUGAUUGGAACUAAUCCAGGUCUUGGAUUCCGACCAAUUGCACAUGAUGUUGAUCAAGGAUCUCUCAUUUGGUAUGAUUCAUCGAAUAAAACACAAAUUGACUAUUGGGUUGAUCGUGUUGAUAGCUUUUUAGAUGAAGUCACAAAAUCGGAAGGCAAACAAAAAAUCUGUGACUUUGGCAACCCACCAAAUGGAAAUCAAGUUUGCAAGCUCGACACAACCAAAUUCGGUGACUGUAUAAAGGAAAAUCUUUAUGGUUAUGGCAAUGCAGCUCCAUGCAUAUUCUUAAAACUCAAUCGAAUUUUCGGAUGGGAACCAGAAUAUUAUAAUGAUAUAGAUAAUUUACCAUCGGACAUGCCAACGUCACUUGUAGAUCACAUAAAGAGUUUGAAUGUUACUCAAAGAGAUCAAGUUUGGGUAAGCUGUGGUGGUGAGCAAGGUAUGGAUAAGGAGCUGCUCGGACCAAUUGAAUAUUUCCCUAAACAAGGAUUUCCAGCAUAUUUCUAUCCAUAUACAAAUAGAAGAGGUUAUGUCAGUCCAUUGGUAGCUGUUAAAUUCUUAAGACCAAGCGUUAAUCAAAUCAUCAACAUCGAAUGCCGUGCAUGGGCUAAAAAUAUUGUAUAUUCAGGCAGUCAUCGUGAUAGAAAGGGUUCCGUUCAUUUUGAGAUCAUGAUUGACGCGGACGUUGAAUAAAUAGGAAAUGCACACAAAGAAAAUAAGAACUGGAAUAGAAUGAAGAAAAUGUUAAAUAAUUAAAACUGAAGAUGAAGAAUUAAAAAUGCAUCAACAAAAUGCCUGAAGACGAUAAGAUUUCUAGUUAUUUUUAUGCUAUUUAAGUUUUCUCUUUCAAAAAUCCACGUGGGUUGUUAGCGAGAAUUAUUAAAAACUCGUUGUAAAUUUUCGUCAAAUCCGAGUGAACUAUUAAGUCUUUUUUAAAAUUCAAACAUUUCAAAAAAAAUCAAAAUUUAAUUCAAAGGUAAAAAUUGUUCGGAAUAGAUUUUUAAAAACUUAAAAAAAAUUAAUUUAUGUUCACAUUAAUUUUUUUCCUUAUCAUUUCCUAGCCACCUUGAUCCUUAUUCCUUAAGUUUGCUCAUUCGAAGCAUUAAAUCGAAGGGAGGGGGUUCUGGAUUUUAAAGAAUUUCGUGACUAACU